UGUCUCCGGUAACCGACCAGUUGACGGUAGAACAGAGCAGGUGAUGGCAGCCCGCCGGGCAGUAGAGCUUUACCUGGACCUGCUGUCGCAGCCCUGCCGGGCGGUCAGCAUCCUGCUGGGCUGCACCAACAUCCCGCACACGGUCCGGACCGUGGCCCUGCGGAAAGGAGAAAACAGGACCCCAGAGUUCACAAAGUUAAACCCCAUGCAGAAAGUCCCCGUGAUGGAGGACAACGGCUUCGUCCUCACAGAGAGUGACGCCAUCAUGAAGUAUCUCGCCACCAAGUACGACGUCCCGGAGCACUGGUAUCCACGGCAACCAGAGAGGCGUGCCAGGGUGGACGAGUACACGGCGUGGCACCACAGCAACACCAGACCACACGCUGCCAGAGUGUUUAUACUGGAGGUGCUCCUCCCGGUUCAGACCGGGUCUCCGGUGGACGAGGACCGUCUGUCUCGUGCUCUGUCUCAGCUGGAGGACACUCUGGGCAAACUGGAGUCCAUGUUUCUGCGCCGACAGCCCUUCCUGUGCGGCGAUGACAUCACAGUGGCUGACCUGCUCGCCGUCUGUGAGCUCAUGCAGCCGGAGGGCGGUGGCAGAGACGUGCUGCAGCGGCAUCCUGAGCUGCAGCACUGGAGGAGCAGAGUGCAGGCGGCCACCGGCGAGCACUUCGACCGGGCACACGCCGUGCUGUACGCCCUGCGAGACCGCCGCAAGGCCAAGCUGUGAUGUCACACGGAGGGGCGGGGCCAGACGACGCCAGCUGAUCCAUUUAAAAACUGAACUGAACUAGACCUUUGUUUGAGUCAAUAAACUUUAUUUAGACAUAAACAGGAAGUGAUGUCACAGCCUUAUAUCCAAUCAGCUCUCAGCUCAGUGAUCACACAACUAAACUCACGUUAAUAAUCAGAUUGUUUUAAUGUUGUAACCAAGAAGAGAAAUAAAGUUGAUUUAUUUUCAAA